ACUCUCCGAGGAGAGCAAAAAAGAGGGACCCGGCGGCGUAUGCCUCCCGAGGGCACGAAUGCAUCAGAGGGGCGGAGGCAAUAAAAGAAAUGUGAAACCCCUAAAUUCGAAAGUCACGGCAGCAACUGAGUUAAAGAAGAGUAAUGAUGGAAAAAUUUCAGAAGCAGUUGCUUCCAGCUUUAAUGCAAAGCAGCCUGCCAAAAGCAGAUCAUUCAUUUGGUUCCUUAUCAUUGCUUCUUUUUUGGUUCUUUUACUUAUUUGCUCCAAACAGCAAGGGGGAAAACUGUAGUCUCAAGAGAGCAGAUGAAGCUCAAGCCCCUGAAGAAGGGACCCUCUAAUAAACAGGACGGAGACACUCAAUCUACGGAAAGUCCGGCUUCAGAAGAUUCCAAACCUCGCCGAGUAGCUGCCCUUCCCAAUUAUGGAUUCAGUUUCAAGUGUGAUGAGCGUGCUGAGAAACGGAGAGAGUUCUACUCUAAAGCUUGAGAAGAAGAUUCAUGCAAGGGAAGUUGAAAAGAGUAAUCUGCAAGCCAAGUCCAAGGAAACUCAAGAAGCUGAGAUCAAGUUGCUCAGGAAAAGUUUGACAUUCAAAGCUACACCUAUGCCUAACUUCUAUCAGGAACCUCCACCCCCAAAACCUGAGUUGAAGAAGAUACCCACAAGAAGGGCCAAAUCUCCAAAACUUGGCCGAAGGAAGACCUUGGGUGGGGAAGAAUCUGAGGGAAACAGUGGCCGCAACCGCCAAUCGGGCCGGUUAAGCCUUGACAGUGUGGCACGCAACAACCCGGCCAAAGUACCUUCUCCAGCAAAUCCAAAGAAGCCACUACGAAAAUCGCUACCUAAGUUGCCUUCUGACAAGACCUCAGAGCCAUGUGCUUCGGCUAAAACCACCAAUUGCUUGAAAACAGUUGAGAAGGAGGAGGCAGCGUUGAACGGUGCAGGAGCAGAAGAAAAGCUUGCCACCGCUGUGGAGACUAGUGAACCCACUUCUCUUAGUCAGGGACAAGAGCAAGUCCAAGAGGCCGAGCCCACUGAGAGUCAACCUCAUGCAAAUGAUGUGCAAGAAACUAUAACAGUGGAGCAUUAAGUACAGCCCAGGCCCUCAACUUCAUUCUCAUGAGAUAAAGAGAGGUAGCCGUCUCAAACUGUAAGAUAUCAGCUUCAAGCCCUUCGAUAACGAUCUCUCCCAAGCUGAGUUGUCGUCGUAUGCUCUCUUUUUAUUGCCGCUGGUCACAUAUAAGAUCCCAAAACCGUGUAAGAUACUUGUCGCCAGAUUUCCUGUCGGUCCAUGAAUUUUAUUUUAUUUCAUGGUAGAGAUAUUUCACAUUAUCCUCUCAGCAGAAAAUGCCAAAAGCUUGGCCAUUUCCUCUU